AUGGGGACUGACGCUGGCUUCUUCCCAGGCUUGCACUUAUCUCUGGGUAUCUGGGUGAUGAUAGCCGCGCAUACCCUCCAAAAUGCCCAGGCGAGGAUAACUUGCGCAUCUUGCACGGUGCCAGUGCAACUUCACCGGGAGGAAUUACAGCUGGGGAUGCGCACUGACCCGACCGAGGAGCCGGUCAUAAAAAACAUCCGAGUAGAGUUUAAGGAACUCGACCAAAAUACUGGAGUGGACGACGAGCAGGAGACAGGCGUUUCUGUCGAGGUUGUCCCCCCUCAAGAUGUGGAUGGAGUUAGUACAACAGAACCAGGGUCCAAUGAAGAAAGUCACAGCGGCAGUGAUAAGGCAGGGGAGCCCCAGAAGGGUGAGGAUGUCGCGCUCCGGAGAGCGAAGAGAAGCGGUCCUGAGUUUGCCGAGUUCAGUGAGAGCGGGCGGGCCGGCGUGGAUGCCGGAGCUCCGGAGAACCGGGGCUCGUUGUUUGACGGACACAAGCAAGUGAAGUCCGAUUUCAGAUGGAACAGGCAGGAAGGGAGAGGGAAUAACCGGCAGGAUGAGCCCAAGAUCAUCAGCAGCACUUUCUCUCUGACGGGGGACUCUGCGCACAACCACGCCGUGGUGUACUGGUCAGGGCAAAACAGCAGCGUGAUCCUGAUUCUCACCAAGCUGUACGACUUUCAUAUUGGCAGCGUCACUGAGAGCACUCUUUGGAGAUCUACUGACUACGGCUCAACAUACGACAGAAUGAACGACAAAGUGGGAACCAAGACUGUCCUGAGUUACCUGUACGUCUGUCCAACAAACAAGAGAAAGAUUAUGGUGUUGACAGAUCCAGAGUUUGAAAGCAGCAUGCUCAUCAGCUCUGAUGAGGGAGCCAGUUUCCAGAAGUACCGCCUCACAUUCUACAUCCUGAGCCUUUUAUUCCACCACACAGAAGAAGACUGGGCCUUAGCCUACAGCCACGACCAAAAGUUGUACAGCUCGGUGGACUUUGGAAGAAAGUGGCAGCUCAUUCACGAACGUGUCACGCCGAGCCGAUUCUACUGGUCUGUUUCCAGCCUCGACAAAGAGCCAGAUCUGGUCCACAUGGAGGCUCAUACGCCGGAUGGAAAUGUGCAGUAUGUCACGUGCAGAGCUCAGACGUGCACAGAAGCUAACAGGAACUACCCGUUCCCUGGAUACAUCGACAUCAGCUCGCUGGUGGUUCAGGAUGACUACAUAUUCAUACAGGUUCCUACAUCAGGACGAGCCACAUAUUAUGUUUCCUACAAUAGAGACCUUUUUAUACAAAUCAAACUCCCCAAAUACUCCCUGCCUAAGGAUUUACACAUUGUCAGCAGUGAUGAGAAGCAGGUAUUUGCGGCGGUGCAGGAGUGGAACCAGAACGACACCUAUAACCUCUACUUGUCCGACACCAGAGGGAUCUACUUCACCUUGGCCUUGGAAAAUGUCAAGACCACUAGGGGCAUCGGUGGGAACCAGAUGCUGGAUCUGUACGAGGUUGCAGGGAUUAAAGGGAUGUUGAUCGCAAACAAGAGGCAAGACAACCAGGUGAAGACCUUCAUGACCUACAACAAGGGCCGGGACUGGAGGCUCCUGCAGGCUCCUGCCACUGACCUGGAUGGAAACGACAUUCACUGCAUACUGCCUUUCUGUUCACUCAAUCUACAGCUGCAAACGUCAGAGAACCCUUACUUGUCAGGAACAAUCUCCACCAAGAGUUCUGCACCGGGGAUUAUAGUCGCCACAGGAAAUAUUGGAGCAGAGCUGUCUUACAACAACGUGGGCAUGUUCAUAUCGUCUGAUGCUGGCAAUAGCUGGAGACAGAUUUUUGAAGAGGAGCACAACGUGUGGUUUCUGGACAAAGGAGGGGCCCUCGUUGCGGUCAAGCAGCCAUCUGUGCCUACCAAACACUUGUGGGUCAGCUUUGAUGAGGGGAGGCAGUGGACCCAACACAGCUUCUCCGCAGUGCCUCUGUUCGUGGAUGGAGUCUUGGUGGAGGCUGGGGCCGAAAACCAAAUAAUGACAUUUUUUGGACACUUCAGCCACCGUUCUGAAUGGCAGCUCAUCAAGAUAGACUACAAGUCCAUCUUCAGCAGGCAAUGUACAGAGGAAGACUAUCAAACCUGGCACCUGCACAAUGAGGGCGAGCCAUGCGUGAUGGGACAGAAACAGAUUUACAUGAAGCGCAGGCCUGGGAACUACUGCAUGCUGGGAAAGGACUACUCAAGAAUCCUCUCAGCAGAGUCCUGUAUUUGUCGCGCUCAUGAUUUUGAAUGUGAUUAUGGAUAUGAGCGCCGUGGAGACGGGAACUGCCGGCCUGCCUUCUGGUUCAACCCCUCCACCGUGUCCAGGAGCUGCAGCCAGGGUCAGAACUACUUCAACAGCACCGGGUACCGUAAAGUGGUGUUGAACAACUGCACCAAAGGAGUUAAAGAGAUGUACACGGCCAGGAAGCAGCAGUGCCCCAACAGACCUCCCAAAGGACUCUUGGUAACCAGCAGAGACGGAAAACUCACCGCCAACCUGGGAAGCAACGUCACCUUCCUGGUCCACCUGGAUGAGGGUGACUCUAUUCGCACCAACAUCCAGCUGGAUUUCGGCGAUGGCACAGCAGUGUCCUACUCCAACCUGAGCUGGACUGAGGAGGGGAUCAAACACGUCUACAAGUCAGUGGGAAUAUUCCGUGUCACUGCUCUGGCAGAGAACACGCUGGGUUACGACACCACAACCCUCUACCUGCAUGUCAUAUGUCCAGUGGAGCACAUCCAUCUUCUCACUCCCUUUGUGGUCAUAAAGAACAAGGAGGUGAACAUCACAGCAGUGGUCCUGCCCAGCCACUCACGCACUGUUACUUACUUCUGGUGGUUUGGCAACAAUACUGAGCCCGUGAUAACAUUGGACGGGAGUAUCUCACACACCUUCCCCAACGACGGGAUGCACACCAUCACAGUCCAGGUGGCUGCAGCCAACACCAUCCUGCAGGAUACCAAGACCAUAGCAGUGCAAGAAUUCUUCAAAUCUCUACUUUUAUCAUUCUCCCCUAAUCUGGACGAGUUCAACCCAGACAUACCCGAGUGGAGACAGGAUGUGGGGAGAGUAAUUAAGAAGGCUUUGCUCCAAGUGUCGGACUUCCCAGAGGAGCAGCUCCUGGUAGCCGUGUUCCCAGGAGUCCCAACAGCUGCCGAGCUCUUCCUGUUACCCCACAAGAACCAAUCAGAGGGCAAGAAAAAGAGUGAGGAGGUGCUAGAGCAGGUAUCUGAUGUAAUUGUAACCGCGCUGAACCAGAACUUGGUGGAGUUCGAGCUGAAGCCUGGUGUAAGGGUGAUUGUGUACAACACACAGUUAACACUUGCACCCUUGGUGGACUCCAGCCCCAGACACAGCAGCUCGGCCAUGCUGAUGCUCCUAUCAGUGGUGUUCCUGGGUCUAGCAGUGUUCCUCAUCUACAAAUUCAAGAGAAAAAUACCUUGGAUCAACAUAUACGCUGAGGUGAACCAGGAGAAGGAGCAGGAGAUGAUUGGCUCGGUCGGCCAGGGUGACAGCACGCCUAAAAUCACUCUGAGUGAGUUCUCCGCAUCCAAAGAACUCAUGGAGAAAGAACUGGAUGCCAGGAUCAAAAGGGGAGUUGGAAACGCCUGCGAGAGCACAAGGGAGAUUCCCAACUGUACUAGCGUGUAAAGCUGAAGAGCGACAGUUUAUGUACAGCCAAGUGUUACAGUGUCGGGGUUCUCUUUUUCUGUUUUGUAAUUCUCAACACAACUGAUGUUAAUAGUUUUCUAAGGGACCUCAUUUAUACUGACUUGCACGGAUGCCUCAUUCAGCAACAUCCACGCAGAAAAAUGUCAAUUUACUCGAUGAGAUCAGUGUCGUAACUGGCAUAUACAGUUUUGUGGAUGUAUAAGCUACAUUCAUUCACAGAGUGAAAUACCUUUGGUCCACACCUGUGAAGAGUUCUGUACAUUUCAUAAGGAGUUUGCUUUGAGAAUAAUUUCUGCCUAUAUAUAGACUAUAAUGUCUGAGUCUUCAAUCUAACAGGGAAUAUUAUUGAAAUGUACAAUAUUAUCAUAUGUUCUGUUAAAUGUAUAUAUUAUUACUUUCUACCUGCUCGUAGUCUAAGUACCAUGGACAACAGAGGAUCUGGUCUGUUUUUGAAAGUGUGUUAAAACAUUACUUAAAGAAAUCAACUUUGUUUCGCUAAGGUUCUUGACUUGUGCAUGUUCUUAUUGAGGACAGGAUUUCUGUGUUGUAGAUAAGCAAGUGUUGUAAAUAGUUAUUUUCUAAUCCUCCCUCAAAGAGCCCAAUGGAUUUUACCCACACUUCUUCUGUUUUGCCCUUGUUUUCUGCAGUUACUGUUGGGCGAUAAGUAUCUUGUAGAAAAGGUUUAUCUGUAAAUGCAGGUAGAAUUCUAUUGAAAUAAUGCAGUAUUAACGUCCCACUAUUUCCUUGGAAAGAAAUACAAACAUGUCCAAUGUGUUUCAUUAGAUAUAUACAAUAGAUAUUCAGUGAUGUUUACACAGAUUCCAUCCUUGCCAUUGGUCUCAUUACAUUACCUUCUGCCUGUUGGACAAUAACUCAGAUUGGGCAUCAGAACUCAUUUCUAUUGUGGUGACCAGUGAUCAAAUUCACAAUAUUCAUAUGUUGGGAGAACAUUGAUGGCGUUCAAUCCAAAAUAACAUUAUAAGUUAUGUGUACGUCCUCAGAAAUACCACGAACAGAAGGUUGCGUUCUGAUAGCUGGUUCCACUUCGGUUCCUGUUUGGGAAAGAACAAUAUGAAUCAAUCGAGUGGUGCACUGAUGACCUUUUAUUGUUGGCAAACCCUGAAGUUAGCGUCGCAAGGGCUCCUUCAACAAAAAGCUAUUUGAUUCUUUAAUAUAUUUUCAAAAAUUGCAAAUAAUAAGCGCUGUGACAAAACACACGUUUAUGAUACAUAACGUGUUUUGUUCACCAUGAUAAUCUCCAUAUAUAAACACCAAUUUGUGAUUUUUGGAGCUAAAAUGUAAUUGCCAGAACCGGAAGCUAACAUUGAGCUAUUAACAAACUGCAUCAAAGUCAAAUGACCUAACUACAAACACGUUAAAAGAAAAUUGACUUUUAGACGAGUGAACCGGUUCAGGACUCAUUCCUGCACCACUCAAUACAAUACUGAGUGUAAACAAUAAUGAGUUUUAGUUAUUUAUGAAUGCCAGUAACUGCCACGUGUUUAAAGCUACACCUAAUACUGAUAAAACCCUAAGAAGGCCUAUAGUACAUACAUAUUUGUAAGCAUAUACCAUUGCUUGUGUUAUAUUGAAUAUACACAAUCAAAAACAAAUAAUUUUUUCAAAAAUGGAUAUACCUGAAACUUGAAAUGAACUCUCGCUGGUUGUUCACUUGGUUCUUUGCUCAGGGUUUUGCUGUCGGCUCCAUGCAGGGGAGGAGGGUUGAUUUACUUGACAGCUAAUUUCGCCCCACAAACAUUCUCCUUCAUUACGACAAGAAAACUGCAUUUGAUCUCAAAAGUGAGUCAUCAAUAGGGCACAGUGAGCCAACUUUCUACCCUGCCCCAAGGUCAGAUUCACAGACGAUAUUGCGCUUAUAAUAUUACAGCAAAAGGAGUGCCAUAACGUUCAGCUUGGUGCAAUUUGCUUUAUUUUGUGGAAGGAGAGGGGGAAAAAAGUAUAUAUUUUCUCGCUUUUAUAAUACCCCAAAUUGUCAUUCAUGGUUUUCUUUCUUUGUUUUUUUCAAAAACGACAUGCAGAGACGCUUUCUUCAUUUAUUUUUCAUCAUACAACUGUCCUUACAUCCUGUCACUGCAAACCCACAAUAAAUGAGUUUGAGCGGAGCAUGAUGAUGUCUUCGCCUGGCUACAGUCAUGAGAGUAAUAAUUCCACUGGAGUGAAUUGGACCGCCUUUAAGGCUCAUGUUAUGCCAAAUGCCUGCAUAUGACUUAACUGAAAUCAGUGCAAAUGUAAAAUGUAAGGGUGCAUUUCACCCUUUGUGGAGUAUUUUAUCUUAUUUGCACAGGUUUAGUGGUUAGCAAUAAGCCACGCAAUCCUGUUGUGAAAUCGCCCCUUCCUUUAAAAAGACUAAAUCCACUCUCCAUGGGGCCAUCAUGGUUCUUUAACAACCCAACGCUUGACUCACUGCUUUGCUUUAAGUUUGAAAUGAGGAGGUAACGUCCUCCCAGCAUGCAGCACUCUCCCAUCAGAGCUGUUUUCUUACUGACUGGCCUCGGGAUGAUUUCCGCCAGCCUCUUGGUAUCCAGCAUGGUGAUAAUCAGAGAAAGCUGGACACCUGAGCAGAGCGUGCCCCAUGCAGAGCUUUCCCACAAUGCUCAGCUGAAGUAAACAGCACUUGCAGGCUAAGCGAGAAGGGACAGAGGAACACAAAGGCACAGGCUGUCACAUCACAUAUUCAUUACCUCAAACACAGCGUUCUCAUCUCAAACCAAACAGCCAAGCCUUGUUAGUGCAGACAGAAUACACAUUGAACAAAGAUUGUUUUAUAGCUUUGUUGUAUUCAUCACAUGCCAUAAGCAGAGAGUUGUUUGCCUUGCUGGAUUUUCUUAGCGUGGGGUUUUUGAUGCUGUCUUUCUUCUGAUUUGUAUUAGCAAAACAGGAUUAGGACAAACAGAAAUAAAACUUUUGAAAAGUUGUAAAAAGUUUGUACUGAACAAUCCUACUUGUACUGUAUUGGUCCUUUUUCGCCCCUCCUGGAUCCUUUGAAAUUGUAAGGAAUGUAUGAUGACUUCACUUAGAGCCAGGCCAUGAUGCUACGCUUUCGGUACUCCAAAAAAAGUCUCAAAGAAUAGCUACUGAACAUGUUCAUAGACUUUCAGUAAUUGCUUCAUUGGUCAUUCCAUCACCACGUUGAUCACUGGACAUUUCUGUCUAAUCUGACUUCUCAAAAAACCACAAUAUUCUGUAAAAUGAUCCAGAAAAUGAAAGAGAUUCUUGCUUUCGUGAUAUUUCCGAAGGCAUAAGCAUUGUAAUGUUCUUCAUUGCACAAAAAUCUACAAUGCAUGCAUCAUCAGUAAUGUUUUGUUUCAUCUUUAUUUCCAUAUUUCUACGGUAAGGAAACUGUCAUUUUGAAAUUGUUUCAAAUAAAUGUAUUUUUGUACAUCAA